AUGGGAGUGGGCGAGGAAGAAUGGGGUAGCGGCGAAAGGGAGGUCCUGGAAGGUUUCGCUAGUCGCACUGAGGGCCUUCUAGAUCUCAUCGUUGGGCGGUACGGGGAUGCUCCUGUCGCAGAACUUGCCGAGCAGGAAGAUAAUGGGACACAAGCGAAACUUGCAACCACUGAUCCUGCACCUUGGCUUGGGAACGAUGAAAACCCAAGAGCCCAAGAUGGGAUCAUAUUCUCUGGGAUCGGCGGUCUUUCGAAACGGUCACUGAUCACCGUGUCAAAAUGGAUGGAGUCUAUUUAUAUGCAUGGCGAAGGGGCGUAUGGAGUAGGUGACAAUCCCACGUCCCGAUCAAGGCGCCGGAGAAAGACAAGAAAAGCAAGAAGUAAAUCUUCUCAGAAUCCAAAUCGGAGUCACCAACAGCAAAAAGAAGAAGUCCAUCCAAAAAUUGCAUCACCCAAGUACAAGGCUCCUGAUCUCAGACGGAAGGCUAUAGAAAACAACGCAGCGCCUCCGGGUAUACCGCCGCCUCUGGUCAGUGCGGUGGAACGUUCUUUGAAUGAAGCGACCACGAAAGCCAGUGAAAUUUCCCAAGAACCAAGUAAUCAACACACUGAAAGUUCAAACCAGAACCAAGCGGAAUCAGGGUCUUUAUUCGGCACAGAAAACAUGAUAAAGUACCUGAGUCUCGGAUAUGGGUCAAGCUGGACUUUGAACCCAAAGGGGUUCGGCGCUGGGAAGGACACGGGAGGAGCGACCACUGAUACCGAAGAUGACACUUCAAAAUCGCAAGUCCACCUGGAGGAGCAGCUGCAGGAGGUUGACCCUACUCCUGAAGUCAGCGAUGAGGAAACCCCUUUUGUUCAGAGAUUGGAACAAUCAAUCGGAAAAUUUCUUGUCGGCCUGUCUGGUGAUCUCGAGAACGCUGAGUUUGAAGAUGAUGGCUCCGCAAGACCCUCCGGACAAGAUCAGGACACUGAGCAAGUACCUGCUUCGCCUUCAUGGAACAAGUCGAACCGCAUCUUCCUGCGAACAUUGACAAUGGAGAUGUCUUCUUUGCGAAUUACGCAGUUGAUGCAUGCAGAAGCAGACCGACCUUCAUCAAGACGUAGCAGCACGAACGUCAAGUCGGAUUCUGCGGAAGGCAAGACCAGUGCCGCUGCUUCAGUCGACGGUGCACAGCGAUCGCCUGUCACACAUGAAAAGGUCCAGGUCGCGGUCUACGUCCACCAACCGUUCAUUUUUGUUUUCUUGUUCCAGCUACGCACACCAAACCUUACCGUCCCAGGGUUCUAUCGGGCGAUUCAUCAUACCUUGGGACCACUUCAAAAAAGCCUCUUACGGAGCACUGAUCCUGAAAGAUGGAAGGAGCGCGUCAGAGAAGCACUACUACCUCCCUCCGAGUCUUCGGCCCCAGAACAAGCACAGAAUGAACCGCCGGAAAUUUACGAUUUGAUCUAUGAUCCAGCCAAGAUGACCUUGCGCUUGUCCAUACCGAACAUCCCCGUCCCCGGCAGUCUUGCAGCAGAAGGCUUGCACCGCACAAAAGGUAGAUCUAUCACUGUUUCGGGCUCAUGGUACACGCUCGGGAUCCCAAUCGGGUCAUCCACGAGUAAUUCAGAGAAGGCAACUUCAGCACUAGUCAAAAGUGAUUGGACGCGUGUGGAAUCCCUGAACGUGCAUACACACAUUCUGAAUCUUUGGGCUGCCACUCGUUCGGUUCAAGGUACUCGAGGCCAGGGUGCUGAUGCCGAUGACCUGGAACGUACCGUCAAGACAGCCAGAGGGUGGUGGGUUAUGUGGAUGAAAUGUCGCACUUCCACCGAUGUGACAUCUGUGGAGGCCAGCUUGGACAAGGAGGCUGUCUUGGUGAGGAGAUCACAAGAACGUGGUGGAGGUAGAGACACAUCCAGGGCACAAUCAGCAGGUAGCGGAUCAUCAGGGAGAUGGCUUCUUCGUGACCAGCCUCGUGCUCGUGACACCGGCGGAUCGAGUCAGCAUGGGCAAGGACAUAGUAGCAGCGGCGGCAUCGGCGCGACCAACGCAAAGGGUGUGAGUGAAGGUGUUGGUGUUGAUGCGAAGAGAUGGGUGGAAGGGUUGAUCAAGUUGAAUAUGUGA